CGUUCCCUAGCAGCCUCUACUGAUCACACCAUCCAGUGGGACUGUGUGCGGUAUGGCAGGGAAGGCUGUCCGAGUAUGCGCUUUCCAUUGAGAGGUGAUGCUUAGCCUGCUGUGCGCGGCACGCAAGGCGCGGUGCCUGGCUGCCCUUUCUCGAGUCAGUCACUGUGACUCGCACCCGUUAGACAGCUUCGCCCGUAUCACCCCUUUCCAGCUUCCUUUACGUCUUCCAUCCUUGAUCACAUCUUCCAACAUGACCCACCCAGCCUCCACCACGGCUCCAUCGGGUGGUAACCCGCUUCAGGAGGUCACCGAUGGAGCACAACAGCUCGCCAUCAACCAGGAGCAGCAGAAGCCUCAGGAUGCAGCACAGAAGCAGCCAAAGGCACAACAGGCAAAGAAGGAAAAGAAGCAGAAAGCCGGCGGCGCAGCAGGCGAGGGAUCGAGGCCUCUCGAAAUGACACCAGUGCCGGACUUCUUCGAGCAUCGUAUGCGCAUCUUCGACAAGCUUAAAGCAGAGCAAGACGCUGAGAGAGCGUCGAAGUCUCGCGAGGAGAUCACAAUUACCCUACCAGAUGGCUCCUCGCGCACAGGUACCGCAUGGGAGACCUCCCCCUUUGAUGUAGCUCGUGAGAUCUCAAAGUCCCUCUCGGAAAGAGUGGUCAUCUCGAAGGUGGACGAUGCUCUGUGGGAUCUGCCCCGCCCCCUCGAGAAGAGCUGCAAGCUCGAAUUCUUCGACUUUGAGACGCCAGAGGGAAAGAGGGUCUUCUGGCAUUCCUCCGCUCACGUCUUGGGCGAGGCAGCAGAGCGUCACUUUGGCUGUCAUUUGUGCAUCGGUCCUCCUACAGAAGAUGGCUUCUUCUAUGAGAUGGCAAUGGGCAAGAGUGAAGGACACAACGUCACACCGGACGAUUACAUCCCCCUCGAAACGCUCAUCAAUUCGGUGAUCAAGGAGAAGCAGAGCUUCGACCGCCUCGUCGUGCCCAAGGCAGAUCUGCUCGAGAUGUUCAAAUACAACAAGUACAAGCAGCAUAUCAUUUCCUCCAAGAUUCCAGAUGGUACAUCUACCACAGUAUACCGAUGUGGACCAAUGAUCGACCUUUGUGUAGGCCCUCACAUCGUCAAUACUGGUAGAAUCAAGGCAAUGUCUGUGAUGAAGGCUUCGGCUUCCUAUUUCCUGGGUAACCAGGCCAAUGAUUCUUUGCAGCGCCUCUACGGUAUCUCUUUCCCCGAUAAAAAGCAGAUGACAGAGUACAAGCAAUUUCUUCUCGAGGCUGCCAAGCGAGACCACCGGAGGAUUGGUAAGGACCAAGAAUUGUUCCUUUUCAAUGAGUUUAGCCCGGGCUGUUGCUUCUGGCUACCGCAUGGUACCAGAAUUUACAACACUUUGACCGAAUUCAUCAGGUCAGAGUACCGUCAGCGAGGCUUCGAUGAAGUCAUCUCUCCCAACAUGUUCAACUCCAAGCUGUGGGAAACCUCCGGCCACUCGGCCAACUACAAGGACGGCAUGUUCUCAUUGGCUGUGGAGAAGGAGACCUUCGGUCUGAAGCCUAUGAAUUGCCCAGGUCACUGUCUCAUGUUUGGCGCGCGUGAGAGGACCUACAAAGAGCUUCCUCUUCGAUAUGCCGAAUUUGGCGUCAUCCAUCGCAACGAAGCUAGCGGAGCCCUCAGUGGAUUGACCCGGGUUAGGAGAUUUGUGCAAGACGAUGCUCACAUCUUCUGCAUGGCAUCGCAGAUUGAAGACGAGGUCACCGCAGCUUUCGAUUUCCUCGAUUCCGUGUAUGGCAAGUUCGGCUUCGACUUCAAGCUGGAGCUGAGCACCAGGCCAGAGAAGUUCUUGGGAGACAUUGAGACAUGGGACCUAGCCGAGCAGCGCCUCGAGUCUGCUCUGAACAAGUUUAUGCCCGGCAGGUGGGAAAUGAAUCCCGGAGAUGGUGCUUUCUACGGCCCAAAGAUCGACAUUACCAUUUCCGACGCGAUGAAGAGGCAAUUCCAAUGUGCCACCAUCCAGCUGGAUUUCCAGCUUCCUCAGAGGUUCGGGCUGCAGUUCAGGAAGCCUACGGGUGGCAGGGCUGCCGGCGAGGACGCUUCUGCUUCAGCUGCCGUUCCUGCAGGCAUUGGCGCUGGCGAAUUUGCAGGAGCUCAGUUGCCCGCCACGGGCACAUCGGUCACCACCACUCAGGCCAGCACCGGUCCCUCUGCCACUCCCGCCUCGGCAGACUUCGAGCGUCCGGUCAUGAUCCACCGGGCCGUCCUGGGUUCUCUAGAGCGCUUCAUUGCCAUUCUCACCGAGCACUUUGCCGGUAAAUGGCCCUUCUGGGUCUCCCCCCGCCAGGUAAUGAUCGUUCCAAUUGCUAUUCCGGGAGUGUACGAGUACGCUCAAUCCCUCAAGGAUCUCCUUUGGUCAAAGGGCUUCUACGUUGAAGUGGACCAAGGACCAGACACGCUCAACAAGAAGAUUCGAAAUGCCGAAAUUGCCCAGUGGAACUUCAUCUUUGUCGUGGGAGCCACCGAGAUGGAAACCAACAGUGUCAAUGUUAGGAAUCGUGAUCAGGUGGGAGAAAAGGUUAGAAAUGACGAGACGGUCAAGGUGGAUGUGGUGCUGGAGCAGUUGAGCAAGCUGCGUGAGGAGAGGAGGAUCGAGAAUAAGCUCAUCUAGAUGUAAAAGAAGCGAAGUCACAGUCGCUGAAAAUGCUGCUGCUGCUAGUGCUGCGGGUGCAAGUACAGUAAUACAUCGAGGAUGUCCGGAGUCCUAUCGUCUUUCUCCCUGCCCCUCACUGGACUGUAGCUAUAGCUUUUCCCACUGGAUCCCGCCCCCCUUGCCAUACCUUCCCGGCGCUUCAAGCCAGUCAUUUGCCUUUUUGAAAUGCCCAUUCCCUAGGAAACCCCGGUGGGCAGAGAGAGGGGAGGGGUGUGGAGAUUUGAGCAGGAGGAUGUUGGAUGAGGUUUUCUGUUCAGGAAAAGAGGAGAGAGAGAGAGAGAGAAAGCGGGAGGCAUGGUCAGUGAGACAGAGCAAGGAGCAAGAGGUCCACCAGCUCGAAUCGAUUCCAGUCUCGACUCACCUCUGUGAUCCCAGCUUCCGCAAGUGUCUUUGCGGCCGGUAGAC